AUGGCUAUGAAUGGCUCAGAAAUCGCGAUGGAUGUCAUGGCAAUGGCACCUUGGCACCGUCUCGUUUUCUCAGGGAGGCUGGGGAGCCCAGCGAGGAAACCAAAGUCGAACAAUCAAAUUCUUGUGAACGAGACGUCGAAAGCUUCCCUGCAACUUCGAAAUGACAGUAUAUUCCCACAUUGCGUGAAAGAUCUCUCUCUACAAUGGGAAACACCCAAAUGCGACUCGGCAGUACUUAGCUAUCAUAUUCGGGUAAUGGCAAUUCCUGAACGAGAAAGUGAACACAGCCAUCGGUCUCAUUACAUCGCUCCUCGAAUAGACGUGAAAUGGUCAAACUGGUCACCAUGGUCCGAGUGUUCGGCAACAUGCGGUGAAUCGAUUCAGAAGCGUCAACGAUAUUGCGAGAACGCCAAACCUUAUCCCGAUAAGGGCUGCGAAGGAGAUCUGUACGAAACGAGAAGCUGUUCUCUGCCUGAGUGCCCAGAUGCUAGGUCCAAAGAUGCGAACCUUGGAAACUGUACCUGCGGCUGCGAAAUGGUCGGGCCAUCGGGAUUCUUCUUCGCAACGGCAGCAAACGCAGAUUUAUGUGGUGGAAAUCAAACAUGGUCAAUGGAUGUAAAUAACCAAUCUGUUGUUACCGAUUUCAAAAUUAGCGCCGAUGUCGAUGCACAAGGAAAACUGUUCUUUUUCGUUGGAGCUCCUUAUAAGGAGCUUGUAUGGUUUUCCGGAUCGAAUCAGGAGCAGGCGUUCACCUUGCCGGUAGAUCGACCGAUUUUUGUUGUUCUUUGGUUCAAAGGAAAUGGUUCAACUCUUGAGAACAGAGGAGGAUUCUACGUGGCUUAUUCGAUGAGGGAAGUUCAACAACAGUUACCUACACGACCAACACCAUCCUGCCAUCCGUUAUGUCAGGAAACCCUCAUAAUCGGUUGUCUGGCGGUUCUAUUCAUUCUGAUCAUCUUCAUUCCUCCAGUUGUCUGCGCUAGCAUGACUCAGAAGCUUCGCCGGUAUAGUCUACACGAACCAUCGCUCGUUGACAAAGAGGAAGAAUGUGGUGUAAUGGCUCGAUCAGGUACCACGGACUGUACACAAAUGAGUGAAGAAAAAUCAGGUGGAUUGGCUCACAGAAGUGUUGGAGUUCAGCUGAGCGUCCAGAGUACACCCAGGAUUUUACAAACGACACGGUUUCCUCCUGAAUCUCCAUUCCCAUGUGGCGCGUCCUCAAUAUCGACGUCAAACGACUUGGAAUACGAUUACUACGAUGGGACCACUAUUCCUGGAUCCCUUCUGGCACCGAUUAACGAUGUUGACAAUAGCUUACUGUCAGAAAUCAACCAGUUGAUCAGCCAGUCUGCCCUAUUCUCAAAUACGGUGGAAGGAGUGGAGACCAAUGGGACCAAUGGCCAUCUGUAG